AUGAGCGCUCGAAUAGCCUCGAGGCGGCUCGGGCAGUCAGCCCUCGCCGCCUUCCACCCUCGAACGCGCUGGCCAUCUCCUGCAUAUCUGCCUACUAGUGCACAACGGAACAUUUCGUCCAAGAAGCAAAAGAUCAGCGACGACCUGAGAAACCCCAUCUUGGAGGAAUAUCUGAGGAAAAAAGAGCGAGAAGCAGGCAUCCAAGAAAGAUUCCCCGAGGCAGCCUCUACAAAAGGACAACCCACACCACGUUUCGGAGAUCUCUCGCACAGUCCAUCUUCGCUCUUUCGCCCCGAACGCGAAGUCCCCGGAUGGAGAGACGAUCUGAGCCCGGAGCAAGAGAAAGCCGUUAUGGCGCGGCACAGGCAACGGCAAGAAGAAGAGAAGCAGAACGAGGAGAAGGCACUCACGAACAUGAGCCUUGACCCCGACCAAGAGGCCCGCAAGCGCCUCGAACGCAAGCUCGUCAUCGCCAGCGUCAAGCGCCACGGCCGCAUGACGAAAGCCCAGAAACUGGCCCGCACCGAGCGCGAAUCUCUCUACAAGUCGCAUCUCCUCCCCACCUCAACCAAGAAACUACAGAAAGUCAUCAACCAAAUCGCCGGCAAGACCAUUUCAGAGGCCUUGGUUCAACUCCGCUUCUCCAAAAAGAAGGUAGCCCGCGACGUCAUCAAGGGUCUCGAGAUCGCACAAAACGAAGCCAUUGCUGCUCGCGGUCUAGGCCUCGCUGGCGAGUCAAUGGCUGUUGCGCGCUGGGAGAAGCAAAGAAAUGCUAUGGAUGCAGGCAAGCCAAAGGACUUGUGGGAUUACAAGACGUCAGAAGAAAGCAGUGACGUAGAAAAGAAAGUGCCCAAGGCGCAGUUCCACAAGGACACCUUGAUCGAGCUGAAAGACGGGAGUAAGAAGGUAGUCAGGGAUCCGAGUGAGAUCUACAUUGAUCAGGCGUGGGUGGGGCCCGGACAGAGCUGGAAGAGCCCAGAGUUUAGGGCGAGAGGUGCGGUCAACAUGUUGAAACACCGGACGACAAGCUUCUCUGUGCUGCUCAAGGAAGAGAAGACGCGCAUGCGCAUCUCAGAUGAGAUCAAGAAGAAGCGCGACAACCGCAAACUAUGGGUCGCCCUCCCGGACCGGCCAGUCACAUCACAACGGCAAUACUGUCUAUGGUAGCCAAUUGAUGCAUCUUCGUGUGUAGCAUAUAGCCGGCGAAGUACUGGCUUGUAUAAUAUACCAUUUUAAGC